AUGUUCAAGCGCCAGAAGACUGAGCAGGGAAAUAAGUUCAUCUCGGACGGGCGUCUCACGUCGAACUCGUUGAAGAAAGCUAUUGCCUAUAUGAUUGCCGAUGCCGAUCUACCAUUCUCCUUUGUUGAGCGCGAAUCAUUCCGGAAUGUCCUAGAGCUGUUGAACCCAUCUGUCCAAACCGGCCAGAUGCUCUUUGGGAGGAAGAAUAUGGCUCUGGAGGUACAUCAUCUCUACGGUGCACACUCUCAAUACUUGAAAAUGUUCUUCAAAAAUUUCAAGCAUGUUGCAUUUACACUUGACGCUUGGACGUCUCCAAACAAAAUGGCGUUCAUGGCCGUUACUGCCCACGCAAUUAACUCCAAAUGGGAGCUUGUAGAUGUUGCAGUUGCAAUGCCUGUUAUUCAUGGUUAG